AUGCCAAUCUCACAUCCGACCCUGGUAACAGGUUCCAGCUUGAUUACUGCGAGUUUGGCUCCUCAAGAUGUUGCCGUUAACACAGACCCCUCGCCAAAUCCGAAAGUGGAAGCCACACCUAUAUCCACCACAGAAGAAUCUCUCCAAGCCCGAAUAGAGCGUCUAGGUCGUCAACGACCCCCAACAUUCAACACGCGGUGGAGCGAGAUAUCUUUUGUCUUCAGCAUAAUCAUGUCGCAAUUCCUAACCGAGUUCUUCGUCUCCGGCUUCGUAGUCAUCCUUCCAACCCUGAUUCGAGAACUCAACAUUCCACAAGCAUCCAGUGUCUGGCCUGCAACAGCAUUCUCGCUCGUCAUCGCUAGCACUUUGCUUGUCUUUGGCCGCCUGGGAGACAUGUGGGGAGGAUAUCCGAUAUUCAUCGGUGGUCUUGCGUGGUUGCUGGUUUGGAGUAUCGUGGCGGGAUUCAGCAGUAAUGCUCUGAUGCUGGAUUUCUGCCGAGCGCUUCAAGGGCUGGGAGCAGCUGCUUUCCUGCCUAGUGGUGUUAUGCUCAUGGGCUCCUUGUAUCGACCUGGGCCACGGAAGAAUUUGGUAUUUGCUAUGUACGGCACGUCUGCAGUGUUUGGUUUCUUCGGUGGGAUCUUUGUUGCCGGGAUGGUCGGCCAGUUCUUACACUGGGGCUUUUAUUUCUGGAUUGGAGCCAUCCUCACCGCGAUCACUCUGGUGGCGUCGGUCUUUGCUGUCCCGUCCAAUCCACUUGACAAGGAGUCCUCAAAUGAGAUACAAAUGGAUUACCUUGGUGCGGCUGCAAUCAUCUCCGGGCUCGUACUCACAGUCUUUUCGAUCACUCAAUCCGCGCAUGCUCCUCAAGGCUGGAAGACGCCAUAUAUCCCGAUCUGCUUCACACUUGGGCUUCUUUCCCUUCUAGCGGCCAUAUUCAUAGAAACACGAGUUUCCUCCCAGCCAUUGCUACCAGCUUCGAUCUUUGCAACGCCAUGUAUGACACCUCUCUUGCUCGCCAUAUUCCUCUUAUACGGCACAUGGGGCAUCUUCUCCGUCUACGGAACGUUGUAUUUUCAGAAUAUCAUGUCAGCCACUCCACUCCAGGUGGUCGCGUGGUACAUUCCACUUUGUGUGGCUGGGCUUCUGUUCAGUGUUCUCGAGGGAUUUAUCCUCCAUUUGGUCCCUGGAAGAGUAUUGCUAGUUAUCUCUGGUCUUGGCGCCGUGGGGUCGCAACUUCUCCUUGCAUUUAUUCCGCUCGGAGGGGGAAAUUACUGGGCAUGGAUUUUCCCCGCUAUGAUCCUGAGUACGAUUGGUAUAGAUCUGUCCACAAUUCUUAUGACAGUGUUCAUAACAACUACUUUUCCUAUUUCUCAACAAGGGUUGGCAGGUGGUGUAAUCAACUCCGUGCUGCAGCUGGGUGUGGCUCUUUGCCUCGGCUUGACGGACAUAAUCCAGUCUAGAACGUUUCAGGAUGGUCUGGGAGAGAGCUAUAAGAAUACGUUCUGGUUUGGUGUUGUAGCUGGGGCUAUGAGUUUGAUACUCAUGGCAGUCUGGGGGAAAGUUCCGAAGGCAACGAGCGAUUUGUCUGCGGAUGAGAAGCUGGAAUUGGUUCGGGAGGCGGAGCUCGAAUCUGCAAUUUGCGGACAAGGAACUGUAAAGCAAGAGCGAAUAUCUAUUUUUGUGGGACAAACCAUUACUGUGCUCACCCCUGAAGAUUAUUAG